CACCCAAACAAAAGCACCUUAAGACCCUCCUCCAUAUAAAAGCAGCUGCAACAUCCUUCUCUUCAUCACUAAGUCCCUCCGCCUCCACAAUGCAUAAAGAUUCCUUCUCCCAAAUGCUGCUUUUCCUUAUCAUCCUUCUGAGGAGCAGUCAGGCCCUAAACAAUGACGCCACCGAGCACACAGGUGGCCUCCUGGCCCACGCGGGCCCGCCCCGGGAGGACAUCAAGCCUGGAAACGUGUCCCUGAACCGGGCUAGAGCUGGAGGGAGAGCAAUGGGGAGGGACGUAAACGAGCGAAGCCAGAUGGGCUGCAGAGAGCUGAGGUCCACCAAGUACAUCUCAGAUGGACACUGCACCAGCGUCCACCCUAUUAAGGAGUUGGUGUGCGCCGGCGAGUGUCUCCCGGCUCAGAUGCUUCAAAAUUGGAUCGGCGACACCCACCGGUCUAGAAAGUUCUGGACUCGCCGCAGCACCGGUGCCAACGGUAGCCCGGACUGGCGCUGCGUCAACGACAAAACCCGCGCUCAGCGCAUCAGGCUGCAGUGCCAGGACGGCAGUGCCAGAACGUACAAAAUCACAGUGGUCACUUCAUGUAAGUGCAAGAGGUUCUCCAGGCAGCACAACGAGUCGGGACACAAGUUUGGGGUUGUGGUACCGCCGCAGACGCAGAUCCUACACAAGUCGAAGAGCAGGAAGUCGCUGGGAAAGAAACACAUGAGCCAGAACUGGCACCAGACUGCACCGUGAAGCUUGGAGGCCUUGCCAAAGUGUUUGUACGUUUGUACUUUGGGGUGGCGGACCACGAGACAUGACCGCUGGCUGACCUUAACUGAAACAAUGAAAGGAACUUGUCGAGUCUGGUUUCACCACCAGAUAGUACACAAAAUGUUUCGUGUUUGUCUUGAUUACAAAUGUAAAAAUCAAAAUGAAUGCAGUGCAACCUGUGGGUAGUCAUGAUAAACUAAGUAGCUAUCGUGAAUACCAGUACAAAGAAGAAGGUAAGGCUGUUUACGAAGUGUUGUCUCGUAAUUACAGUGGGGCAAAUAAGUAU